CCCCCGGCUUCCGGCGGCGCCGCUCCGCUUCCGCUCCUCGCGCUCAGGCCGAGAGGAGCGAUCGUGCCGUGCCGCGCCGUGCUGCACCGCCCAGGCCGCGGCCAUGAGUGAAGCAGAAGUGAACCCCAAAGCUUACCCGCUGGCCGAUGCACAGCUCACCAAAACACUCCUGGAUCUUGUGCAGCAAUCCUGCAACUACAAGCAGUUACGCAAGGGAGCCAAUGAAGCCACCAAAACAUUGAACCGAGGGAUCGCAGAGUUCAUUGUGAUGGCAGCAGAUGCGGAGCCCUUGGAGAUCAUUCUGCACCUUCCUCUUCUCUGCGAGGACAAGAACGUACCUUACGUGUUUGUGCGCUCCAAGCAAGCCCUUGGCCGGGCAUGCGGUGUUUCCCGGCCUGUCAUUGCCUGCUCCAUCACCAUCAAGGAAGGAUCACAGCUAAAGCCUCAGAUCCAAUCUGUCCAGCAAGCUAUAGAAAGACUGUUGGUGUAAAUGCCCAUGAGUUUAACUGUGUGGAAUAGGAAAGUUGGAGUUGAGGGAAUUGAUGUCUACCUUCGGUUGAGAUCAUAGUUUUGAUAUCAGUGUUUCAUUUCAAAAUGCCAUAUUUUUUGUUUAAUAAGGCUUAAUUCUUAGUGUUUCUUCCUCUUCUCCCCAGCCCUUUCCAUUAUUCCAACAUACUCAUUGUAUUACUUCUUGAAAAGCAAUUGUACAACUGUAUUUUCAGUUUGAUGUUUAAAACGGGGAAAAAAAUCCUUUCUUUAUCUCCACAUCUGCCUGCUCAGGGCUUUUUUUAACCCACCCAUUAGCUUCCUCUGGGUUGCAGUACUUCUGCUAAGCUUCAGCCUCUAGCAAGGCAUGAGUACCUGACUCUGACGGGUUUAGCCUGAAGACAAGGUGUGUUGGUUUAGUUCCCUGUGGAGCUGUUGCUUUAUGCCAUGGAGCAGUGUACACCAGGUGUUAAGGGGAGCAGUGGCUACUGUGUAGCAGUGGACAGAGCCAAGAUCAGUACACCUAGCACAACCCUUCUUGAAGCCAGGCAAGAGACUGCUGUAAGAGGUGUAUGGGGAGCAGAAAUCAUAUGGCAGUGCACAGGAGGAAAUCCCUUUAUUUCACUUAUUUUUAAAUAUUGACUUUUUAAGAAAAAUAAAAUUGCUGACAAAGCUGAACAUUACUGUUAUUCCCUUGGGGAAGCAUUUGCAACUGAUGUGUUCCUACUUGUAAAGCUCAACUGCUCAGAGAUUGCCUAAGGGCUAUUGCAGUGCAGUAUCUCAUGCUCCUUCAGUUUGAUGGGGUUUUCUCUUGGACAGUAUCAACAAGUUUGGGCUUCCUGGGGAAUUCAAGUACAAAACAUGGCAGAGAGGAGCCUGCUGUGGCUGACAAGUACCCUACGUGUGGCCAUAAAAGAUACUGUGCUUUUAGGGCAGCUAUUGUACUGUAGUCACCCAACUGAAGAUGAACCCUGUAAGUCAUGGGUCUGAGACAACAGAGAGCAAGUAAUUUCUCAGCUAACUUGUGUUUUAGGAAGAGAAUGCCAGAUAAUCCCAUGCUCUGGAAAAGUGCGAAGCACCGCCUGCCUUCUGGAUUAACGGUGGUUUUGUGGAGCUACCUUUAGUUAAAUGCAUAUUAUGCAACAAAAUCCACUUACUGCUCUAAGGAGAAAAGUUGAACCUCUGUGUUGAAACAGAUCCUAUCAAACCUGCCUUCUACUGCAGGGUCCUAAAGCUUGUGUGGAAAGACCAAUAGGUACAAUAGCAGAAGGGAAAAUAAGUUCUGUAACAUUUCCGUAGAGGCAGUAACUUCAUAACUUUAUUAAAUACAUCCCAAGCUGAUGAAAUCAGCUCAUGAAAGACUGAAAACAAAUCAUGCCUAUGUAUCUUUGUAAAUGGCGGGUAACAGUAAUAUCCUUGCUAGGUGAACUUAAUGCAAAGAUUUUGGAGCCUUUUCAUGUGUAUGAGGUUUAGAAAGGCUGCUGUUCCUUCUGCUGAUGCUGACUGUUGAACUAGUGCUUAAAACCACAACUUUGCAAAGGAUUUAUCCUACUGUACCCUGCCAAGACAGCUGAUGUAAGACAAAGCACAUGAGCAGCAGAAAUAAAGGAUUCUUGAGCAAGCAA